GCUGCGACCAAAUCGUCAAUCUUCUUUGUACGUAACGUAAACAAAACAAAAUAAACAAAUCGAGAAGAAUAAUUACUGUCAAUUGUCGAAGUUUCCGUAUUUUCUCAGCUAUUCCCCAAUUAACCUGUGAUGGCCGCUGUAGAUGAUGAUCAGCAGUUUGAAGAUGAGGGUGACGAUCUGCCCAUUGGGACAGGGAGUGGAAGGAAAAGACUUUUCUCUAAGGAGCUUCGGUGCAUGAUGUUUGGGUUUGGAGACGACCAGAAUCCCUACACAGAAAGUGUCGACCUCUUAGAAGACUUGGUUAUAGAAUAUAUUACAGAAAUGACGCACAAAGCAAUGGAAAUUGGCCGGACAGGACGCGUUCAAGUUGAGGACAUUGUGUUUUUGGUGAGAAAGGAUUCUAGAAAAUACGCCAGAGUGAAGGACUUGCUGACAAUGAACGAGGAACUGAAAAAGGCAAGAAAGGCCUUCGACGAGGUCAAAUACGCUGGAGUGUAAAAAUCGUAAUAAUAUUAGAAGUGAAAAAUGAAUUUUAUAUUGAACAUUUUAAAUAAAGUGACACAAUACAUUAGGAAAUUAAAAAGGAUCACGUGAAAAAAGAACUCCAAGAGUCUGACCUAGCCUGAGCAAUUCUUUUAUUAAAGCAGCAGUGGAUUUAAUUUAGACAGGGUUAAAUUUAAAUUGUUAGAGUUAGUUGAAUUUAAUUCAAGUUUUACUUUUCCUUUAUUAUAGUUAAAUGAACAAUUUUCUUUCAGAAAUUUUGGCUGCAGCAAUUAAUUUAUAGAGGAAAAGCCAAAUAAAAAUUUAAAUUUACUUUGAAUCAAAUCCUGUCUAUUGCAAAAUUCUUCCACAACAUUCGGAUUUUGCUCUUUUUUUUAUGAUUUCCAUCUUCUUUUAAAUGCUCUCAAGAGCAUGAAAUUAAAUCCAAUGGUUUGAAGAAAAACAAUCAGCGUCAUUAUAUAGCUGUACUAAGAAAGUUUUACUAGCACAGGCUAUGUUAAGCGUUUGGAUUGCCCUCAGUUUAUUUAUUUACCUUCUAAGAAAAAAAUUCAUGAAAUGUUUUCCAAAAAAUACCGAGAAAAUUUAAAAAUAAAUAAAAAAUAUAUAAUUCA